AUGUCUCGAGAAGCCGCAAGCACUCCGCGGCCGGGAGUGAGCCCUAUGCACAUUACGGAGCACCAUGAUGAAGAGCAGAAAAUUUGGUGCCAAGUUGAUGUGCAACGCCAAAACCGGUACUAUGGUAAACUGGUUGUCUCGAGCCUGCACACCGAUGGUGGUGAGCUGGUGCGAGCCAACCAGUUUCUCAGCGUUGUGUUUCUGUCGCCGACGGAUGUUGCGGCAAGGGACUUUUCGUCUUCCACGGCUGUGAAAAUCACGCCGCAGAUGAUCAACGAGCAGAUUGACGCCAACACGGUCCGCGUAACCGCACGACUACAACUCGUAGAAGCAUACGUAUUCCAAGACCACGAAAUGUUUGAAUUUGGCGUCUAUGACGACGUGGGCCAAAAUCCUGAUCUGUACAAAGAAUCGUUAGUGCUGGGAGCCGAUCGAACACCCAGCGGGUGCGUUAUCAUCCAUUGCGAGCCCGCCCCGGACGAGCGCCUCGCAAACUGCAUGCAAACGAUAUGUUUCUGCGAGGGCAAGCGAGUACAGACAGUCUCGGUGCCUCUGGGCCAAGAAACGCAAUGCGAGAUAGCUGUCGGCUCGUACACCGACGUAAAGGCUCUCAAGCUCACGGCCGCGGAUGACACGGCGGUCGGGCAGCCUCAGGCCUCGACUCAUGCUCUGAGAGUCGAGGACGGUGGAAUGAAACACGUCGACAUACGCUACGACCACGUUGAGCACUUCAGUACCAUAGAUGUGACGGUUGGGAACAUUAGGCCCCUUGAGAGGGAAAGAUUCCAUAUUCGAAUCCAGAGGAACGGCGCUGAAGUCGCCAGCAACUGGAGCCCGUGCGACCAUAAGACUCGGUUCUCGGAACUGCCGCAGGAGGGCGACGUGUCCGUCAGUGUCGAUGCGACGACGGUAAACAAUUACGAAUUCUCCUUCAAGCCCCGCGAUUUGAAGCUGUCCUCUAGGUUGGACUCGGCCUCGUUCCCCCAAGCCGAUGCUGUAACCGGCAUUGACACCACUGGCUUCAUAAGCCUACCUAUUGUGGUCAAGACUAGUAUUGUGGAAUCCGGUCUGACUUUGUUUGUGCGAUUGCGUUCCGAGACGUUGAUCUACACGCAAACAGUCCCGGUCAGGGACGGCCCUGUGUCGCUCGCCGUCAAAGUACAACCAGGGCAGUAUACAGUCGAGGCCCCGAGCUUCGUCUGCAGCGGCAUCGUCUACGUCGUCACCGCGGAAGCCUCGCUCACAGUCCUGGAUUGCGGCUCGACCAAGCUGGAGGUGCGGGUGCAGCGCGGCGCCAAUCUCAAAGUCUGCGGCUUCCCAGACGUGUUGGGUUUCGGCGGCUACGCCGACCUGGUCGACGGCAACAAGGACGACUUUGUCGAGGCGAAAGCGUCGUCCGUGUUUGCAUAUGCCGGCCUUGACCACGAUGGCGAUCCCCUCCAGCGCCUGACAGAGGCCGAGGAGCGGCGCGCCACGUGGGAAACCAUUCAGCUUGCACGGGCUGUGGAACGAGAGCUCGGCCAUGGGAAGCCGGUUCUGCCCGUCAUGGUCUCUUAUACCUGCAACUUGCAAGGGUUCCAGGUGCAAGACCGGCUGCGAAACCACGAGGACUGGCUCGCCAACAGCUUCGCAAACCUGAUCCUGUCACUGCAGAUAACCAACAGUACCAUGGACCCCCGGCAUCCCGUGCCGGGUGGCUACAUUGUGAAUCCAGACUUUGUCAGCACCUGCCAGAGGGAGGGCCUCACAGCCAAGUUCACGAUGCCGGUGCGCGGUCCGCUUCAAUCCGCCGUCGACUAUUACAAGGUCGCUGCCGAAAUUCCCGACAGCAUCUCCGAGAACCUUGGCGGCUAUGUUGCCGCCGUCAAUUGGCUCUUCCGGACGGUCUCGCCGGCUGUGCCGUUCGGUUGGCAUGUCCAUCUCGAGGGAGCCGGUGGUCCGGAAUGGAUCUAUCGAGAUGAUGACGAUGCGGCUUCCAUGGCACAGAAGACGGGCGCCUACGCCGCCUCGCUUGGUAUCUUCGCUCACGCCGACUUUGUAGCCGUUGGCCGCCACCCAGGCGACGACUUCACCGUGCAGAGCUACGGCGUAGGCUAUUGCUACGGCCCGCGCGAGUGGCAGCGCUUCUUUGCGUUUUGCGGCGCCCUCAGUCUCAACCAGCAGGUACCAGUCCUUCCAUGGCAGGUAUCGUUGAGCCGGACGCCGCUCGUCGACGACGGAGUCGCUCAAGACUUUGAUUUCCAGCACUGGGGGACCGGGGGCAGCUAUAUUCUGGGCGACGCGGCCGUGGGCUCGAGCUACCACAACGUUCACCCCAGCAUCCUCCAGCUCAAGUUCACCCUUCCGUACAUGGGGGAAGACGGGAGACGCAUCUUCAUUCGUGCAGAGCCUUUUGAUCUGACCGAGCCAGCCGUGAAGGACUUGCUUCUCUGCGGCAUCUUCACAGUCCUCGUGGGCGGACCUUCUACGACUGGCAUCAUCGCGGCCAGCUUCGGCAACCGGGGGCCGUGGGUGCGGAAGAAGCUGAAGGCGUACGGAGAGAAUCCGAUUCGCUUGACAACUAUCGGCACGGGAGUGAACUAA